ACGACACUUCGUCUACACCAUGAAACUCUCUGCCUUCAACCUCAAGUCUAAAGGUGGGGACACCAUCAAUGCUUCCUGCUCGUACUCCUCGCCUCGCAAGCGGUUUGGAGUCUGUGUCACCUCGCUCGUUCAGAAAACCAAGCGCGCAUUCAGGUUCAGAAAGGACGAAGGGAAACCACCCCUAACCCCAAGUAUUGAGUGGGUAAUCCAAGGAGGAGAAGCGGGACGUGGCGCAACCGCCCUUGAGCCCGUCAUGGACGUAGCAUCCCCUCAGCCUACCGCCUGUAAGCGUUCCCAAGACCUCUCUCCGCAAGAACUUUUCCCAAGUGUUCAACUCGACGCCGAUCCCGAGUCGUUCCCUACAUUCUUGUCCUCGGCACGCACCAAACGACCAAUUCAACGCGCAAAGCUCGCAUCCAAGCUCUUCGAGUUCGGCGAAGACGAUACCUGCGACGCUGCUCUCCUCUUCGCGCUCAGCUCCGUCGCCUCCGUUUCCGACCUUCUCAGGCGCCAUCGCGAUCCCUCGCUUGCUCCUCAUUCCAAUUCGCAGAUGCAUGUUCAGGCUCAGGCAACAUCUAUCCAUCCGCCAGACGUCUUCGAGUAUACCCACGAAGCCGACAUCGCUUUCGUGGUCGACUCUACAACGGGAUUUGAGGGAUCGUGUCAAACCUUGUAUUCGCAUUCGGAUUCAUGCUUUUUCCAUUCACCGUCGACGCCGAGACAGGCAUCACGUUCCCCUCGCAGACAUAUCAGAAGAAAGGUCCCCGUCGUCCGGUUUUGCGACUGGUUUCUCCCCCGUCCGGCCAUCAUGCUGAGGGACAUCUCUGCUACCAGCAACAAUCACAGCGAUACCUCUUUCUCUUUCCCAACGACUGUUUCAAAACCCUCCCCUAGUGGGGGCGUCUCAACUAUGAUAUCUUCGCUUCUGGCUCGUCUCUCUCGACAGCACAACCCGUACGCAGGGCCAUCCAAACAGCAUCCCGAGACUGGUUUCUCGGAAGCUUCUUCUACUAUAGGCUUAGGUGCCAAAUUUUCUUGUCCGUGAAUAGGAUCUCGCAAAUUUUCAAGUUUCUUCUUUCAUUAGCUUCGAUUAUGCCUGGCUUCGACAGCGACGAUUUCUUCUUAGCUCGCGCAUUAAGCAGUCUACUCUACUUCUUGUAUCCUCAACCUUGCGUUAAUGUAUACUCAUG